GCUCUAUAUCUGUCUCCCGACCUGCAGGCAAAUCUGUACCUAACUCUAGAACCUACAUAUACUCGGUGGAACGAGUCUACCCUAUCCUGCCUCUUCCCCGUACCCCUUCACUGUACCGGGCCUCUCUCUGACUACGAUGCAGUCCAUCUCGAAUGCCGAAGCAUCUUGCUCUAAGAACAACUACAACUAUUCUACACUCUUCUCUUCGGGUCUCCGAGUGAUCUCUCGCCGUCAGCCCGCUCCCACUCGCCACACAGUCCCAUGGCCUCGUGAUGCUUCCACGGCCAAAUCAUCACCAUCAUCACCACCUUCCUCGUCCUUCCCAUCCAUACGAUCCCGCUCGUCAUCACUGUCGUACUGGAAGACCUUCCUGACAUCUCGACUAUUCGUGCGUAGCACCGGCAACUCGACGACUACCACCACCAACUCGUGGACCGACAAGUCCCACGUUUCGCCACUGCUCCCCAAUGCCAUAGAUGAGAAGGUCUUGAAGACCGCUCGACGACGGACGCUUCCCUGUGGUGCGCUUUCUCGAGAGGGUGUUCAAUUCGAUCAGUGGACCCCACAGAAGAGCACAUUAAAGGAUAUUGUCGCCUCCGAUGACGAUGCAUCCUCGAUGUACUCUGUCAAUUCCAACGACGAGAAAUCCGUCCCUCUUGAACCAAUAGCGACCCCUUUCUCAUCGGCAACAAUGCCCCCCAGCUCCAAUGAGAUACUGGUCUUCCAAGACUCGCCAUCAUUAACGGCCAGCCGCCCAUCGCGACCUCGUCCUACUUCAUUACCAUUAUUUCCGUCCGCUUCCGUACCCUAUUUCGCCUCGCACCCGUACCGCACGCCCAGUUUCACCGAGUCCAAAUCUGAACUCAACGCAGACCUGGUCCUCGACUCCUGCACAGAUACUGGUGUAGAGGCGGACGUCGACGAUGACUCAAGCCUGAGUGACGAGGCAGAGUUGAGCGAUAGUUCAAGCGAGGAAUGGGAUGUCGACGAGCUGGUUGACGCUGUAGGUUCAGGAGCUGCGGAUGCGGAUAGCGAUACGCUCGCGGACGAUAGUGAUGGGGAAGAUUGGCGCCAGUUUCAUGCAGAGUGGAUGGGGCUGUAGCGCAAUCCGGUUCGGGUCAGGUCCCCAAGGCAAAUACACUGCUAUGGGCGCAUGGGGCGGUGGAGGCUGUGAGUUCGUCACACUUAUCCAUGGACGGUGGGGUGGGUGCUGUUGGGAACGAUGCGCCGUAGGCGCAGCAGUGAAGCCCUUGGUGGUGCGAGUGUGCGGGCGUUCAAGGCGGCUAUCAUGUUUAUAGGUCUGUCGCAAACUACAUCUCGACGCGGACGAUUGGCACGGACAGCCUUCUGUACACUAUAUGGGUGCAUUCUCCCUUCUCUUUGUUGAUUUCCCUCUCCGCUUUCAUCCUUGGCGAUGAUCGCUACGAGAUUUCUCUUGAUUCCAAGUUUCACUCUCUGAUACAGGUCACUUCACAUGCACCUCCUGUCCUUCAACAUCACCAUCAUACAUACAGCACAUCUUUUCCUAUCUUCCUUGAUCCUACAGCAUGCCACCACCUUCAAGUUGCUAUGUAUCACGAUGCAGUACGUUUCCUGGAGACACUUGCAUUUUCUGAUCCUGCUCUGUACAACAUACCUUUACUUUCUGUUCACCUUGUCUCGGUAUCGAUUCUCACUACGCCUACGAGCUUGUUUGACGUGUAUGCCCUCAACUCUUAUACCUGCUUUCGUUGCAUCCAUCCAUCCUAGUAACACGUUACAUGCGCCUCGAUGACCAGCUAUAUAUUACGCUAAUUACUUCAUGCAUUGUCCUAAAUAUAUACAUACCUGAC